AUGUAUCAUGCAUCCAUUGCCCUGGGUGCACUUAAUCUGAGCAGGAGGUCGCUGCUGACUAUACAUCCGGAGAGGAAAGCUGCGGCUGUGGGAGCCUUAACGGCCUACCACACCUCGAUCGCCAAAUUGAAAGCCGAGAUUGUAAGCAGCAGCAUCCCACGAGAUGUCAACCUAUGGACCACGUUUUUCUUGGGGCUGUUCGAACUCAUGCAUGAUUUCACCGGAGAAGGCUGGGUGAAGCAUUUUCUGGUAUGGGAUCUGCUCAACCCGGGCUCCAAAUGCCCAAGCAUGCUCCUUCACAAGGCCCUCCUUGAGCUUGCCGCUGAAGGUUUCGCUGUCCGAUCAGCUCUUGCUGACUGGUAUGCAAACUUCCAAAAGUGGUCGGCCGACACUGGUACGCCCGAACAUAAUCCCUACUCCGCUCUCGCAUCAAUCUAUUUUCACGGCAUCUCCAUCUACCUGUCCGGCAUCUUCGACUACCGCACUCAAUUCAACAAAAUACCCACGCCCACAAUCUCGCAGGCUGUUAUUCAGAAUCAUGUCGAUGCGAUUCUACAAAUGACUGGGAUCGUUUUGAAGACCGCAAAUUUGGCGCCUGUGUUGUUGUUUUUCCCCUUGAGAGUAGCAGGCGCAAGAGUGACAACCGCUCAAGAGACAGAGUCGAUUCGUGCGAGGCUUCAAGAGAUUUCGACAAGGGGUUUCAUGGUCGCAGAUGCAUUUAUGGCGGAUCUGAAUUCUCUAUGGUGUAAGAAAGGGAUACAAUUAUAA